UCUGUAUAUAUAAGUCGCUCUCGUAGUAAGAGACAGAGAGAGGAAGGGUGGGUGGUGUGGAACAACGGGUGGAAGUUUGCACUUAUUUAUUACUUUUUGUAUUCCUAGGUGGGUUGUUGUCGUGUUUCUUUCCCUUUUUUACACUUUUUAUAUAAAAGCUGUGAUUUCCAAUGAAAGCUAAAGUUGCUUUUCUAGAAAAUUAAAAUUUCCGUGCACUUGACAUUUUCAGCAGUUAACCCAGAGAGGUAAGCUCGCCUCUUGGUGGCAAGGACAAUUGUUCUUCAGAAUGGUGGCAACCAGCAGCUUCAACAUUAAAAAUUCUGCAUGUAUCUCUGAACUGAUACAGCACCGCUUUCGGCCUGCACCCGUGACUGAUUUUGACUACUGGGAUUAUGUAGUGCCCGAACCCAACUUUAAUGAGAUGGUGUUUGAGGAACAGAAAUGUCAGAGUCUAGUUAGAAUGCUGGAGAGCUGCCUGUCUAAAUCAAAACAGACUAAACUGCGUUGCUCUAAGGUUCUAGUCCCUGAGAAGCUAACCAGGAGGAUAGCCCAAGACGUCUUGCGUCUCUCUUCCACCGAGCCUUGUGGCUUAAGAGGCUGUGUCAUUCACGUCAACUUAGAAACAGGAAAUGUGUGUAAAAAGCUGGACAAGAUUGUCUAUGACCCCACUGUCGUUCCUACUUUUGAACUGACACUGGUGUUCAAACAGGACUGCUGUUCAUGGCCUAGUUUCAGGGAUUUCUUCCCCAGAGCUUGCUUCACUUCCGGCAUCAAACGUACUCUGAUCCUGAGUCCUGGGUUUCGUCUAAUUAAGAAGAAAUUGUAUUCCUUGAUUGAAACAGUUGUGGAAGAAUGCUAACAAAAACAAAAAAAACCCACCUGUUUUUAACAGUUUAAAUAACUGAGCCUGAAACCCUUAGAAAUAUGAUUUUUAUUUUUAUUUUAAGAGGAUUGCGACUUUUGCACAGAUACCCUCUAUUUAGGCUGGCUAAACCUCGGUGCAGCUACUUGGUACUGGGUAAAAUGAGAAGGAACACAGCUACUGAUACUUGAAACAUUCCUUGAUGAGCACCAGAAAGUCCCAAUAGCCAACCUGAUUGCUGCUUAUUGCUAGCCGCUGUACUAAAUGUUCCCUGUUAACAAUUUGGCAUUCUUGACCCCCCCCUUUCCUCCCUCCUUCCUUUUUUUUAAAGAAAAAAAACUAAGUUCUCUAAAUUCAGCUUCUUUAAGAAGAACUAGAGGAAGUUAUCCUUUAUACCCUUCAAAGAACAAAAACAGCCGGCAGUGUGCUUUUGACAUAAAUACAGGAGCUGGGAACUUUUGGGUCUCCGGGUGUUACUGAACUACAAAGGUCACCAUCCCUGGACACUGGCCAUGCUAGCUGGGGCUGAUGGGAGUUGUAGUACAGCAACUACUGUGUUAAUAGGAACCAUGCUUCCAUAUGUUGUUUGUAGCACCAAACACACAGGUAGAAAGUAUUGGAAGGACGUGGAACUAAAGCAGGCAUCCCCAAACUUCGGCCCUCCAGAUGUUUUGGACUAUAGUUCCCAUCAUCCCUGACCACUGGUCCUGUUAGCCAGGGAUCAUGGGAGUUGUAGGCCAAAACAUCUGGAGGGCCGCAGUUUGGGGAUGCCUGAACUAAAGUCUUUGUGAGGAACCUGUUCUUCAGCUGUUCCUGGACUACAACGCCCAUCAUCCCUGAUCAUUGGCCAUGCUGGUUGAAGCUGAUGGAAACUGGAAUCCAAUAACAACUGAUGUGCUACGGAUUCCCCAUCCCGGAACAAAAAGUUAAGGCUUGGGUGGCAAAGCAACAAUAGCUUAAAUUUCAUCCUGCUAGUAAUUUGUGGGGGACUAACAAAAAUUAGCAUAGUUCUGUCCUUACGGGAUCCUCCAGAUGGAAGGGUUUGUGUUAAAAUGGUUCCCCUAAAGUGUUAGUAACAACUGCACUAUAUUUCAAUUGAAACGUGGUGUAUUUUGAAUUCUGUAGAACCCCUGAAGGUGGCUUUUGGCACUAAAUGCUGCAGGUAUUUUUUACUCUGUCUCGUAGAAGAAGUGGUGGUGGUCUCCAUCGAUACACCUGACCUACCUCACAUCUAUUUCUGGAAAAAAGGGGGGGGCUAUUGCUGUAGUACACAGUUGCCUUCCAUUUUUGGUGUGAAAGAACAACUCACACAACCACUUCUUGGGCUUCCCUUCAGUCAUGUCCAAAAUGAUUGCUGGUUUUCAGGUGACCACUUGAUCAUCUAAAAACCACAGCCGGUUGACUUUAUUAUGGUCCCGCAGACGAUUCAUAGUUGACGGGUUCAGAAGGCUGCUUUACCACAGAUUGGGAGGAAGAAGUUCCCAUUCUGAUGUUCACUGUUGAUUCCCUCUUAGAGUUUCUUGGCUUAGCCAAGGGGAAAUCUACAUGGCCAUAGAGGCAAGAGAGGCCAGCUGAAUAUCUUUUAUUAUUUUUUUGCUGACUUGCCACCCAUGUGUACUCCAGACAUGAGCCAUCUAUGAUCCAAAGAGCAGCAUAUAUGUGUGGUUCUUGGUAUCCUCUUCUCCAUAAUACUUUUGUCAAGGAUGUGUCCCUACUUCAGCAGCAGCAGGGAAAUGUUCCUUAUUAAUAUUAAGGCUAUGAAAGGCUUCUUUCCCUUGGAAGUGUUAGGGUGGAGGUCUUUCAUCUUGGUCGUGCCAAACCUUCAGCUUUCGUCUCUUGCCUGGACUUCAGCUAUUACCAUAAGUUGCCCAUUACUGUCCUUUCAGGAACCCAGUAAUCACACUGAGGAUGGAGGGUGUGAGGUUUGCCACUCUUUUAGCCCCCAUUGAAUCAAAUUGGCUGCUUGUGUCAAGCAAAGGUAUUGCACUGAAUGUCUUGAAUGCCUCUUGGCUUUAAACUCCUAUAGCUCACAGCGCUGAGAUUUAAGCACUGUUCAUGCAGAUGGGCCAUGUUAACAUACCAGGAUUCGUGGUUUUCUUUGGGAAAAGCACUUCAUGAGGGACCAGAUCCUACUAUACAUAAACAUUGAGAAACAGGGAUAUUGAGAAAAGACUGUUGUAGUGUGAAUAGUAGGCAGCGUUGUCUAAUGCCAAGGAAUUUUUGUUUCUGCGUCUGGGCUAGUUUAGCAUUUUGCUAAUAUCCAAUAAAAAGGGUGUGAUCUUGGAAGCUUCUACAGGUGACACUCCUGAUUUCCUUCAAAUGCUAUUAUUUGGAGGGGCCAAACUUAUAUGUACAUGGCAUGUAUUUCAGAAAGACUAAUAGACCUGGGCGGGGGAUGGGA